AGAGAAAUGCGUCACGGCUCGGGCCUGGGCUCGGCCCGUAUCACCGCGCCGGCCCGGAGAGCUCUGGGAAGCUCCCUCAUCCCCGGGCCCUGACCCAGCGCCUCGUGUGAGCGAAAUUAGUGCCGAAGGAAGCGGGGAGGAUUGCCCGCUGUCUGGUGAAAAGGCCAACAUCGGACAGGGAAGCGUACAAAACUGGUUUUGCAUAAAAGUUGGUGAUAACCAACGGAGAAGCCGUUGCAUCACUUGCCUCCUGAUAGCCUCUUGCAACAAGAUUGCUCUGUCGUGUGAGCCAUCUUCCAUUAGGUCUGCACGAGUGGAAAGUGCUGGUGGAGUGUAAUAAAUUGAACCUGUGCAGUCAUACUGUUGGGGAAAGACAGAAGACAGUUUGAACCAUGGCAAGCCAGGCGUUUUCCCCAGAGGCUGCUUUCCCUCAUGGGAGGCGGAGGGAGAAAUGGGACCCCAGGCUUCUUUCAAGGGCAAGGACUUGAUGGCAAAAAAAAGAGAAUGUCUCCAGGCCUACAGCUGGUGGAGAACACCACAGAAGAAACGGAAGAAAAAGAACAAAAUAAAACCAGGAAGAAUAGAGUUUGUCCCUAGUAGUACUAACACAACCAGACCGGAUUAUUCAAUAUUUGUUGGGGAGCUGACUCCAGAAGUAGAUGAUUUUCAGCUCUAUGACUAUUUCCUAAAGAGGUACCCCUCAUGUAUUGACUGCAAGAUAGCAACAGACCUGCUGGGAUAUUCCAGAGGGUAUGCCUUUGUCAGAUUUGGUGAGCAAGGUGAUCAGAUGAGGGCACUGCAAGACUGCCAGAAUGCACCAGGUCUGGGGGGAAAACGAAUCCGGCUGAGCAUAGGAAUUUCUAAAAGACUGAAAGCAGAAUUCCAGCGGUACCAGUCAUACAACUAUAAUGACUAUUAUCAAGAUUAUCAGAACUACUAUUCACAGUGGAAUUACGAUCCUUAUGCUGACUACAACUACAGCUCCUAUACUCCCUAUGACAGCAUGCAUGCUGUUGGAGACUGCUCUUUAGGAGAUGCUGUUAUGGCUCCAGCUGUUUUUGAGGAAGCUUCAGCUAUGACUGAAAUCAAUGAGGACCUAAUAACUGAAGAUCCUCAGCUGUACUUGGAUGUUGAUGAAAUGAACAGACAAUUUAUGGAGACAAGUGAAGAACUCUAUGAUGCCCUCAUGAAUUGUCACUGGCAACCUCUGGAUACGGUCACUUCUGACAUCCCCUCUGCUAUUUAAGUGUCUUAUAUAGCAUGACCGUUAUGACCAAGGGUUGCUCUUGGACCAACAGCUUUGUAGCGCUACCUCAAAGUAACUUGCAGAUAUAACUCACAGGGAAGAUUGAUCAAAUGGUGAUGAUCACUAUCAUUCUGCUGGAAUAUAUAUAUAUAUUUGCCUUUUGUUUUGUCUCAUUUUUAAUGACAUUUAUUUAACUUCAGUGACUCAUGUCAAUAGAUGUUUGACUAGAUCAACAAGUAUUUCUGAGUCAUGAGUUUCUUUAAAGGUAUGUCACCGUAUGGAAAUUGUUCUAAAUAAGUUAAGUAAAUAAAGCAGCACUUGAAUUUACAGAGCAAA